GCGUCCUCGAGCCAAAGCCUCUGCAGCUUCUGCGCUGGUCGCAUCAACCCUCACGCCCUCCAAACGAGCAUAACCCGUAGCAAUGGAUUCCAUUCGACUGCCUCACGGAAUCAGGAUCCCAAUGACCCUUUUUCCUCGUUCGAAAUCCCCGAUGCCGCCAUGGAAGCUCAAAAGGUCCUGCAAGCGGCGAAACGCCAGAGGGAAGAACAAGAGGCUGCUCGUCGUAAGCAGCAGGAAGAAAUGAGCGACAAGCUCGCUGCCCGGAGGAUGUUUGGAAGGAAGAGUCCGCAGGCACAACAGGGUCAGCCAAAAUCCUCGCAGCAGCCACAACAAUCGAACCAACAAUCGCAACAACCCCGACCGCAAAAAGUCAUAUCGGCAGACCAGAGACAGCAGCAGAGGCACCUGAAGCCAAACCAGCACACCCACAGACAGACGCCUGCCUCAGCUCGUGCAAUCGCCUCUGCUCGGGCAGUAGACACGGCCGCCAACCGCCCCUUGAAUCGCGUUCAGACUGCUCAGCGCGACCAGCGUGAUGGACGCAACAGUGAUGAAGCAAGGAUUGCACGCUCGCACAACCAUUCUCAGCAGGACCUUGAGCUGGAAAAAGAUACCAUGCCUGGUUUGGAUAAACUAGCAACGGAGCAGAUGACGCGGAACAACAAGCCUGCACCGGAUCCAACGUCAAAUCUUGCAUCGAGGCCCCAGUUCAAAUCCGAGGCGAAUACUCCUUCGAAGCCUGCAGUAAAACCUCCGUCCUGGAUGUCCGCCACUACAGCUCCCCAGCCAAGUGCUCAUCCACCAAGUUCCGUUCCAACAUCACAACCCUCUGAGGACCCCUUCUCAGAACCGUCGCAACCUUCCGAGGAUUACGAAGAUAUCUUUUCGGCUGAUCUGGAGCAGGCAAGGAAGGCCAUCGAACCAGUUCCCGCUCCGCCACUCAAGAUACGAUAUGCGCCUCACAAGUCGGUAUUUGAGGUACCAAAACUUGUCAACAAGUCCGAAAGCAGGGUAGACGAUGCUCGUAGAAAGUGGCAGGAAGAAAAAAUGGUGCGCCAGUCCGCAUCAGAGAUAUCAGCCGAGGCCGGUGGGCUAUCGCAAGAGGAGGAGAGGAUGCUCGAAGCAUUGUUGGCUCGCAAGAACAAGUCGUCGACGUUCGCGUCGUCCCCAAUUGAUUCUUUGUUUGGAGAGCAAGAACAACAGACAAGACGUGCACUCGUUGAAGAAUCGAGGAUGCGCGUCCAGCAAGAGCAGGCCAAGAAGAUUGAGGAAGAACGUUAUCGUGGAACUGGUCUCUCUACUACUAUGAUCAGCAGUCGCGAUGAGCCAGACGAGACACCAUUCGAGAAUGCUCAGAACUGGAACAUUCUGAAGUCGAGAAGACAGUCUUCCACGCAGCAGAACGAUCAACCACAAUCGAGACAACAAGAGCAGGAGAGCAAAAAUGGAGGCAAUACAAGAUUCGCACCCAUAUCUGCAGGAGACAUUGAUGCAAGAUUCGAAGAGUACAGACAAAGGCGACCGAAAUUCGGCGGUUUCAACAUCGAGUCUUUAAACGUUGAGAGUCGACCGGCCGAUCGUCUCCGCCCUGGUAUGACUUGUGUCAGAUGUAAUCAGCCAGGCCAUGGUUUCCGCAACUGCCCCAAUCCGCCCAAGCCUGGCUGGGUUGAAAGAGCUCCAGGUCAGAAGCCUGUUCGCGGUGAGCGACCUGAUCGCAACGUAGCACGAAACGACAGAGACGAACGUCGACCCACCAGAGAACCAAGGGAGAUCAGGAGCGCUGGAAAAGACAUGGCGGCUGCAUACGGAUCUUCAGUACACGAAAACGCCUCGGCGGAAGCCCAAGAACUGGAUCCUGCUGAANNAUUGGAAGCAGCCAGAAGAUUGGCAGAGCGCAAUGCUCGGAGAGCAUCUCGUUUCGUUGAGGAAGAUGAUGAGGCUGAUGCGCCCAAAGCCGCACCUGUCAAGGGACGCCGCAGUCGCUUUGAUGANCCAACCUCGCAGGGACGCCGCAGCCGAUUCAACGAUGACGAUGAUGUAGAAGGCAAUUAUGGUGCCAUGCGCAACAACCGCGAUGAACGAAAGAAAGCCCGUCAAGCAAAGAAGGACAAGGCAGCGAAGGAGGCUGCACGUCAAGCUGCCAGACAAGCAAGACGUGCAGAGGCCAUGACUCCCAUCAAUCUGCCCGAGUUUGUCAGCGUAUCGAAACUCGCACAGUUAACAAACGUCACCUACCAAGAGAUGGCUGAGAAGAUGGAUGAACUCGGCUUCGAAAACACAUCGCACGACCACAUUCUUGGUUCUGAAGAAGCAGGUUUGAUUGCCAUGGAAUACAACUUUGAUCCUACUCUCGGUGCUCAAGAGGAAGCAGAGGCCGAAGAGCGUGACCUGAAGGCGUUGCCUGAGCCUGCACCUGAAGACAAGGAGUUCUUGCCCGUCAGGCCUCCUGUCGUUGCCAUUAUGGGACACGUCGAUCACGGAAAGACGACCAUCCUCGAUUAUCUUCGCAAGUCUUCAAUCGCAGCUUCUGAGCACGGAGGUAUUACACAACACAUUGGUGCCUUCAGCGUUGCUCUAUCCAGCGGCAAGACCAUCACCUUCCUCGAUACACCUGGCCACGCAGCUUUCCUCGAGAUGCGCAAGCGUGGUGCCACUGUGACUGACAUUAUCAUUCUGGUUGUUGCAGCCGACGACUCCGUCAAGCCGCAGACCAUCGAAGCUAUCAAGCACGCCCAGUCUGCACACGUGCCCAUCAUUGUCGCCGUCAACAAGAUCGACAAGGAAGAAGCCAAUGUCGACCGCGUCAAGCAAGACCUGGCUCGUCAUGGAGUCGAGAUUGAAGACUUUGGUGGCGACACUCAAGUCGUGCCAGUCAGUGGUAAGACUGGCCAAGGCAUCGACGAGCUCGAAGAUGCAGCAGUCACCCUUUCCGAGAUUCUGGAUCACCGCGCCGACACCGAGGGUCAAGUCGAGGGCUGGGUCAUCGAAGCCACAACCAAGCCCCAAGGCCGUGUAGCUACCGUGCUUGUCCGUCGUGGUACCUUGAAGCCCGGAACCAUCAUCGUAGCAGGCAAGACCUGGGCUCGCGUCCGCAGUCUCCGCAACGAAGCAGGAGCAACCCAAAUGUCUGCCGGUCCCGGUACCCCCAUCGAAGUAGACGGCUGGCGCGACCAACCCGACGCGGGCGACGAAGUCCUCCAAGCACCCAACGAACAAAAAGCCGCCGAUGUCGUCUCCUUCCGCGACGAAAAGGAAGAGCGCAUCCGCAUGGCCGAAGACAUGGAGAAAAUCAACAUCCAACGUCGCGAACAGCAAGUCCAACGCGAUUUGACCAAGGAAGCCGCCGCCGCUGAAAAGGCAGCCGAGAGAGCAGCAAGAGCAGGAGGUACUGAAGUGGAGGCGCCAGUGAGCCGCAAAGUCGCUCUCGAUGCCGAUGAGAACGAGACUCCUGGUCAUCAAACCGUGCCUUUUAUCAUCAAAGCCGAUGUCAGCGGUAGUGUUGAAGCUGUAUCUGCUUACCUGCUUCAAAUGACCAACCCUCUAUGCUCACCAAAAUUACUGCGCGCCUCUGUAGGCCCAGUCUCCGAGUUUGACAUUGAGCACGCCGACGCAGCAGGCGGCCACAUCAUUUCCUUCAACCUGCCCCACGACCCGGACAGUGCUGGCCGAGCCGAACGCAAGGGCAUCAAGAUCCUCGACCAAAACGUCAUUUACCGCAUCGUCGACGACGUGCGCGCCGUUCUCGAAGAAAAACUGCCGCCUCAAAAGAUUCAAAAGGUCACCGGUGAAGCCGAAGUAGCCAUGAGUUUCGAGAUUGGCGUUGGCGGACGCAAGAAGAUGAAGAUUGCUGGGUUGAAAGUCAGAAACGGUGUUGUGGCCAGAGGAUCACGGGUCAGGGUUACCAGGGGCGAGGAUAGGGUGUAUGAUGGUAUCGUGACCAGUCUCAAGAACGUCAAGAAAGAUGUUCAAGAGAUGCGUAGAGGCACAGAGUGCGGUAUGGGCUUCGAAGGCUGGGAAGGCUUUGAAGUCGGCGACAUGAUUCAGACCUUUGAGGAGAGGACUCAGAAGCGCACUUUGCCUCUCUGA